AUGGUUAACAUAUCAAAAUCGGUAAGCAACUCUGUUUACUUGAAUACAGGCUGUCAGCUUGCAAAUUCCACUCCCAACUUUGCCAGCCAAUCUGAACAACACCCAAGGGGGAAAUGGGAGUCUUUAAGGCUAAGGCACGAUUUAAGGAGAAGAGCCAAAGACGAGCCGAAACAUAUAGCUCAUGGCCUGGUCCCUGCUGCUACCAUAGCUCCUAAACCUGCAGUUCCCCGCACCCCUCCCCCUCGUAGUCCAAACCCUUCUCCAGAAAGGCCCAGAUCUGCUCUAGCAGCAGGUAUACUUGCAGCAACCCUAACAGGGCGCACUGUUGCUAUUCCUCAGCCUCGGCAGCGAUCACUUUCUGAAAGUGAUUCCACCUAUGUGGAACAAGAAUGCUUUGAACCGUAUGCAACAGUCACAGAGCUCAGAAUGGGACCCAACUGGAAACUUGAUGGUAGUGACAGAUCUGCUGUACAGUCCCUGGAAAUAUCAGGCAGUUAUUGUGAGGAUGAGGACGUAGAUACCUAUCCUUCAGAUGCUGGUAAAGAGGCAGAGUCCAGCUGUCAGAGUGAUGAGAAAAGGGGAGAAAGCUUAAGCACCAAUGCUAUUUAUGCUGUUCCCUGCAAAAAUAAAAAGGAAGAGUUUCCACCAUCUCCUAGUACUAAUGCUGACAAGAAAGAGGCGCCUUCUCAUGAAACUGAGUUUCAGGUGCUGGUGGAUGAGUCAAAUGUGCAAAUAGAAGAAGACCAAAAUCUUGGCUUGAAUUUAAAGGAAGAAAAAUCUUUAGCUGAAAAUCAGAUACGUGUAAAGCCUCCACCAUCCCCAGAUGUGUCUAUUCGGUCAAGGCAAGCAUGGCAAAAUAUGACUAAAGAAAAAUUCAGAGCACUAAAACAAGAAAACUGGUCUCUGAACAAGGCGUACCAGGAUAUGGUCCAACAAUUUGAGGGAACAAAACAGCAAAUGGAAGAACAGCAAUUAAAGCUGAAAAGACUAGAACAAGAAAACAGAACACUUAAAGAAGCUGCAGAAAAGUCCAGACUAGAACAAGAAACUACAGAAUUACUUAUUCUCAGACAACAAGCACAAGAACUGGUAGAUGAAAAUGAUGCUUUGAAAAUGAUGGUCCAUCGUUUAAAUGUAGAAUUAAGUCGCUAUCAAACUAAAUUCAGGCCAUUGUCUCAAGAAGAGCAUCUAAAAGUGAAAAGUUUACCCGUGAAAGGACCACCACCGCCAUGGCUGUUGGAUAUGAAGUAUUUGUCACCUCUUCUGUUGGCAUAUGAAGACAGAAUAAGAGAAAAGGAAGAUUUAAAUCUUGAACAUGAGGAGGAUAUGAAGAAUUUUAGAGUACGAGUUGAAGAGUUGGUGAAGGAGAAUGAAGACCUGCAUGAGCAAUUAAAUAAAAAUAACUUUAUUACCACUACAGAAUGGCAACAGCUGAAAACUCAGGCCAAGCUGGUCUUGGAAGAAAAUGGAUUGUUGAUGGAGCAACUUGAAAUUCAACAAGCUAAAGCAAAAGAUAGUCACAGACAACAUGUUCAAGAAGCUUCAAAAUUGACCAAACAGAUAAUAAUUCUAGAAGAUAAGAAACAGAGUCAAGAAGAAGAGAUAGCAGAGUACCAGAAGCAAUUGGAAGCUUUGCGUUCUACUUGUGAAGAGCUGAAAGCCAAACUGGAUAGCAGAAUAGCACCAGAGGAGCACUUUGCUUUGGUGAAUGAUGUAAAAAGCCAAUUACAACAGGAGCAGGAGAAAAAGCGCUGUGAGCUGGAAGAUCUAAUGGGAAAGAUGGCAUCACUGCAAGCUCAAAACAAGAAACUGCUUUUAGAGCAAAAUAACUUCAUGGCUGACAACAAGAUCCUGGAAACUGAGAUGGAAAUGACACAAAAGACAAACAAGCAAUUAAGGAAGCAAAUAGGUCUCUUGAAUCAGCAGUUGGAGGAAGCAAUGGAAAAAGAAGAUGCAGCCCAUUACUAUCUCACAAACCUUAUUGGUUUGGUGGAGAAGAUAGUUCAGGAACGCGAUCAUCUCAUUUGUUUGGCCAGAUGCUUGGAAAGUGAGAAUCAAGGUGUUCUCAACAAAAUAGUAGAAGGCAGCCUACGCUUAGGAAGAUUGGAAGAAAAAGUUAAGGUAUAUAAAAAGAAAGCAGCUGGGAAGCUUGAAGAUACCAGUCUCAAAAUGACUGAGCAGGAGAAAGAAUUUGCCUUGAAGACUGCUCAGUACCAGCAAGAAAUGAAGCACCUCCAGCGCCUGCUGCAAGACAAACAGGAAACCCUCGAUGAAGUGCUGCAGCAGAAAAGGAAAGUGGAAGGGGAACUGGAAAUCAUUUGGGAAUCCACAUCUAAAGAGAACAGGAGAAUGAGAGAACUCUUACAUAAAUCCAUGAGGAAGAGCAACAUGUGGAGUGCUGUCACAGUUCAUGAGCCACACUUAGACGAAAUCUCUCAGAAACAGAGUUUAUGGACAUAUUGCAAUGUGAAACCUUCAUCCCCUGCUAAAAAUCAAAUUCAGCAAGAAUCUUAG